UCAAUAAUUUUUUCUUCUUGCUGAUCAAAAAAAAUAAAAAAAAGAAAGUUGAGUUAUCUCAAAGUAAAAUUUAGAGUCCGAAUAUAUUCACUAAUUAAAUCAGAAACAAUGUCAUCUUCAGAAGUAACCCUUGAAAGUUUUCUAAUUCCACUAAAGGAGAUCAACUUGGCCACCAGAGACUUGAUCAGUCCAGAAACUUGUAUCGGAAAUGGUGGAUUUGGUGCGGUCUACAAAGGAAAACUUUCUGAAAGUUGGCAAAACCGCACAGCUGCCUUCAAACUCUUACAUCCCGAUCGUUACAAAGGAAAGAAUGACUUUCAUAUUGAGGUUGAGAUGAUCUCCAGCUUCAACCAUGAAAACAUCAUCCCCUUCAUUGGCUACUAUCACGAAGACAAUAUGAUGAUUAUAGCUUCAGAAUACGCCAUCAAUGGAAGCCUUGAUCAUCAUCUCCAAGACCGCAAUAAGAGACGUUGCCUAACAUGGCCACAACGCCUGAAGAUUUGCAUAGGGGCAGCAAAAGGACUCGAGUACCUUCACUCUGGUCUUGGAGAGGGCCGGAAAAUAAUACACAGAAACAUCAAGGGUGCAACCAUAUUGUUAGAUGGUAAUUUCGAAGCGAAAGUUACUGUUUCCAAAGGCCCCAUAAGUCAAAUUCGUAGCAUAAUGACUACUCUUGAUGUUGGUUCCUCCUGUUACAUGGAUCCUAGUUAUAACGAAAGUGGCAUCCUCAAUGAAGAAUCAGACGUAUACUCACUUGGUGUGGUACUAUUUGAAAUAUUGAGUGGCAUGCUCGCUCAUGAUACAAGGAUUAUUGAAGAUCAGAAGCCACAAACUUUGAUGAAUUUGGUCCGAAUCUACUACGAUGAUGGGUUGGAAAAGUUAAUUGAUCCGUUGAUAAGAAAUCAAAUUGAUGAUCAUUCUUUUCGUAUUUUUAAAGAAGUUGCAUGUCAGUGCAUAACUUUCAGAUCGAAGGAUCGACCUAAGAUGGAUAACAUCAUCCAGCGCAUCGAGGAAGCAUUGGAUGUUCAAAUACAAGGAGCUCCUUCCACCAGUGCAACUAUACAAAUCAACCAAUAUCAUGAGCUAGAACGGUUCCUAAUUCCAUUGAAGGAUAUCAACUCUGCUACCAGAGACUUCAGCCCCGAAACUUGUAUUGGUGUCCAUGGAUAUGGUGAGGUCUACAAAGGACAGAUCUCUGAACAUAAGGAAAACCGCACAGUUGCCUUUGACCGCAUGUAUAGCUCACUAGGAGUCCAUCUGUUCCAUACUGAGGUUGAGAUGAUGUCUAGCUUCAACCAUGAAAACAUCAUCGCUUUCGUCGGAUACUGUGAUGAGGAUAAUGAGCACAUUAUAGUUUCUGAAUACGUUGUGAAUAAAAGUCUUGAAUAUUAUCUAAAAGACCCCAAUGAAAUCAGGUGCAUUACAUGGGCACAACGCCUGAAAAUAUGCUUAGGAGUAGCAAGAGGACUCAAGUACCUUCAUUCGGGUCUUGGGGAACACAACAUAGUAAUACAUAGAGAUAUCAAAAGCGCAAACAUUUUGUUAGAUGAAAAUCUGGACGCAAAAAUUUGUGGUUUUGUGUUGUCAAUAUUAGUUGAUCGAAAUAAACCACAAGUAUAUGAACCUGCUGCCGGUACCCCAUUUUACUUGGAUCCCAUCUACUAUGAAAGCGGAAUUGUCAAGACAGAACUAGACAUUUACUCAUUUGGGGUGGUACUAUUUGAAAUGUUGACUGGGAUCUUGGCUUAUAGUAAUGAGAGCAGUAUUGGUAAUGAGGAUCAACCUGAAACACUCAUUAAUUUGGUCCGGCGAUACUAUGAUGAGGGAAUGGAAAACUUAAUUGAUCCUAAUAUAAAAGAUCAAAUUAGUAUCCAUUCUUUCCAAGUGUUCAAGGCAAUUGCAUAUCGAUGCAUUAGUUUGGACUUAAAGGAUCGCCCUACAAUGAACAUGAUCAUCAAAAGGAUUGAAGAAGCACUCGACAAUCAAAACCCCGGACCAGCUUAUAUCGUCACCACACCAAGAAAAGAAUGUCAAAACCUAGAAAAUUUUCUUAUACCACUCAAGGAGAUCUACCUUGCAACCCAAUACUUCAGUGUUGAAACUCAGAUUGGAGAUGGUGGAUUUGGUGUGAUCUACAAAGGACAACUCUCUGAGCACCGGCAAAAAUGCAUAGUUGCCAUCAAACGCCUUGACCAAAAUGGUUAUCAAGGAAGAAAGGAGUUCCUUACUGAGCUUAAGUUGAUUUCGAGCUUCCACCAUAAAAACAUCAUCCGUUUCAUUGGUUACUGUGAUGAAGACAAUGAGAUGGUUAUAGUUAGCGAAUAUGCUAGUAACGGUAGCCUUGACAAUCAUCUCGGAGACUCAAAUAAGAGGCGUUGCCUAACAUGGGCACAACGCCUCAAGAUUUGCUUAGGGGCUGCAAGAGGACUCAACUACCUUCAUUCAGGUCUAGGGGAGGACAACAGGGUAAUACACAGAGACAUCAAGAGCGCAAACAUAUUAUUGGAUGAAAACCUUGAAGUGAAAGUUUGUGAUUUUGGUCUGUCCAAGCAAGGCCCCAGAGAUCAGCAUCCUACGCAUCUCUAUACAAAAGCUGCUGGUACCAACUUCUACUUAGAUCCUAUUUACCAGGAAAGUGGCAUCCUUCGUAAAGAGUCAGACGUGUACUCGUUUGGUGUGGUACUAUUUGAAAUUUUGAGUGGAAUGAUGGCUUUCAACCGCAAGAGCUUAGGGAACGAUAAACCACAACCAUUGAUAAAUCUUAUACGACGCUACUACAAUGACAGACUCGAGGAAUUAAUUGAUCCCUUUAUUAAGGAUGAAAUUGAUAGGCGUUGUUUUCAAACCUUCAAAGAACUUGCGUAUCAGUGCAUUAGUUACAAUUCAAAGGAACGACCUACAAUGGAAACAGUCAUUGAGAGGAUUGAGGAUGCAAUAUAUUUUCAAGGAAAUUCUUCUAAUUGAUUACUUUGAAGGGAUUAUUCUUUCGAAGGCAAGAAUAAAAACUAGCAUGGAGUAUAUAAUAUGAGAAACACUCUAACUUUUUUAUGGUGAUAUGUACAGAAUUUGAUGAAUAAUGCUUGAGAUAUAUGAAAGGGUUUGGAAGACAAAUUUAGGUGAACUGGUUCUUAAAACUUUUUACAUAACUUAUGUUAGUAGGUUAACCUAGACCGUUAAUUCUAUUAGUUACGGUUAAUAAUGUUAGGUAUGUUGACAGUUAAAUAGGAAUCGUUGUGAUGGUUUGUGAAGCGUCGUGUUGGUUGGAGUAUGUCCAACCGUCUAGUCAUAUGUAUAUAAAGGGGUAAUAACAUUUGUAAAAUGUGUAAAAUAGAAGUAGUCAUACAACCUAGAAAUAGUCCAAGUUUGUUCCUAAGAGUCAGGAGAUCUUUUCUCCAAUUUCUUGUAUUUAAACUGUACAUCCAA